AUGGCGCUGCUCAAGGUCCGAUUUGACCAGAAGAGGCGGGUCAAGCUGGCCCAGGGGCUCUGGCUCCUGAACUGGCUCUCGGUGCUGGCCGGCACGGCCGUCUUCGGCCUGGGGCUGUUCCUGAAGGUCGAGCUGCGGAGGAGGAGCGACGUGAUGGACAACGCGGAGAGCCACCUGGUGCCCAACGCCCUGAUCGGGGCGGGGGCGCUGUCCUGCGCCCUCCAUGCGCUGGCCGGCAGGAUCUGCUACGACGCCCUGGACCCGGCCAGGUUCGCCCGCUGGCGGCCCUGGCUGCGGCCCUACCUGGCGGCCUGCGCCCUGGGCCACGCGGGGCUCCUGCUGGCCGCGCUCUGCUGCCUCCUGCUGCGCGGCUCCCUGGAGGCCACGCUGGCCCGGGGGCUCCGGCAGGGCCUGCGCUUCUACCGCGACACCGACACGCCCGGCCGCUGCUUCAUGAAGAAGACCAUCGACCUGCUGCAGAUCGAGUUCCGGUGCUGCGGCAACAACGGCUUCCGGGACUGGUUUGAGAUCCAGUGGAUCAGCAACCGCUACCUGGACUUCUCCUCCAAAGAAGUCAAAGAUCGCAUCAAGAGCAACGUGGACGGGAGGUACCUGGUGGACGGCGUCCCCUUUAGCUGCUGCAACCCCAACUCGCCGCGGCCCUGCAUCCAGUACCAGCUCACCAACAACUCGGCGCACUACAGCUACGACCACCAGACGGAGGAGCUCAACCUGUGGCUGCAAGGCUGCCGGGCCGCCCUGCUGAGCUACUACAGCAGCCUCAUGAACUCCAUGGGCGCCCUCACGCUCCUCGUCUGGCUCUCUGACGUGACCGCCACGACCGGGCUGCGCUACCUGCACACGGCCCUGGAGAGUGUGUCCAACCCCGAAGACCCCGAGUGCGAGAGUGAGGGCUGGCUGCUGGAGAAGAGCGUGCCGGAGACCUGGAAGGCCUUUCUGGAGAGCCUGAAGAGGCUAGGCAAGAGCAACCAGGUGGAAGCCGAGGGCGCAGACGCGGGCCCGGCCCCAGAGGCUGGCUGA